UAGUAGAUUACAGAUGUACUCGCUCUGAAGCUUAGGGGCCUUGAAGGAAAUCUGGCUAAAGAUGGAAUUUAUUAUAUCGCAUAGUCCGUUUUAUGUUUGGUAAAUAAAAAAUAAGGCAUUUGCUCAGAUAAAUAAACCAAAACAGGUACGCAUUAAAGGGAAAAAUAAUUAGGUAAUAAUAAGUAAAAACGACGGGACAUUACCAUUUUGAGCGCUUGUUAAGAUAACUCGCAUAGUUCCCCGUGGAAUUUUGAAAUAGUAACUAAGAAAAAAGAAACUGAAAACGGUUCAAUACUAUAUCGCAUGGGAUGUGUAGCUGGUCGCCCAGCUAGCCUAACCAUUUUUGUGGUUAAGGCGUUAUAUAUUUGCAAAACAGUGUUUUGCCAAAGCACGUUAUCUUCUUGCUGAGGUAGAGUUCGUUUUUCGCACUGAUAUUAAUAAAAGUACAUGCAUAUUUUGGCGCAAUGAAAAAUGUAAAGUUUAUUGCAGGAGAAGAAUAUUUAGUCCUAUAAAUAAAAUGCUUUAAAGAAGCUCGCAUGCUUCUGGGUUUACUUCUUUUGGCGGGGGGAUGAUGAAGAAGCGGGUUAUUUGGCUGAUAAAUGGAAUAAACAGAAGAAUGAUGAAGCUGAUGUUUGCCCUCGCUUUGAUCGCCUAUGUUGCCUCUGUUUGGGGGACCUACACGAACAUGAGGUCCAUACAGGAAAAUGGCGAACUUAAGAUUGACCGGAAAAUAGAAGAGAUUGUUGGUCCUCUCCGGGAGAAAAUCAGAGAUUUGGAAGUCAGUUUCACACAGAAAUAUCCACCUGUUAAGUUCCUGUCUGAGAAAGACCGCAAAAGAAUCUUGAUCACAGGAGGAGCUGGCUUUGUGGGAUCACAUCUGACUGAUAAAUUAAUGAUGGAUGGCCAUGAAGUUACAGUGGUAGACAACUUUUUUACAGGCAGAAAAAGGAAUGUGGAACACUGGAUUGGACAUGAGAACUUUGAGCUAAUUAAUCAUGAUGUCGUAGAACCACUGUAUAUUGAGGUGGAUCAGAUCUAUCAUCUCGCUUCUCCUGCAUCUCCACCAAACUACAUGUAUAAUCCAAUUAAAACACUGAAGACCAAUACCAUUGGGACUUUGAACAUGUUGGGCUUAGCUAAACGGGUUGGGGCUCGUCUUCUGUUGGCAUCAACUUCCGAGGUAUAUGGAGAUCCAGAAGUUCACCCCCAGAGUGAGGAUUACUGGGGUCAUGUCAAUCCGAUUGGACCUCGAGCCUGCUAUGAUGAAGGGAAGCGUGUAGCAGAAACCAUGUGUUAUGCUUACAUGAAGCAGGAAGGAGUGGAGGUGCGGGUUGCAAGAAUAUUUAACACUUUUGGUUCUCGAAUGCACAUGAAUGAUGGCCGCGUGGUGAGCAACUUCAUUCUGCAAGCACUUCAGGGAGAGCCCCUUACAGUUUAUGGCACAGGAUCUCAAACAAGGGCCUUUCAGUAUGUCAGUGACCUGGUAAAUGGAUUGGUGGCCUUGAUGAAUAGUAAUAUCAGCAGUCCUGUCAAUUUGGGGAAUCCAGAAGAACACACAAUAUUAGAGUUUGCCAAAUUAAUCAAGAGCCUGGUUGAUAGCAAGAGUCAGAUCCAAUUUCUUCCUGAAGCACAGGAUGAUCCACAAAGAAGGAAGCCUGACAUCAGAAAAGCUAAGAUGAUGUUGGGGUGGGAGCCUGUGGUGCCUUUGGAGGAAGGUUUAAAUAAAACAAUUCACUACUUCAGCAAAGAACUGGAAUAUCAAGCAAACAACCAAUACAUCCCCAAGCCCAAACCUGCACGGAUGAAGAAAGGCAGGCCAAGGCACAACUAAAGAGCCAGUCCUGAAAGGGAAUGUUAAAUCUACUUAUGCAGUUUGCAAGGGCACUCUGGAUGCUCAACAUUAAAAGAACACGAACUUGAAAAGACUUGUCUUUCGUUACUGUUUUGUGAAAAGCAAGCUGGAAAUUUCUCCCCAGUCAAGCUUUCUAUACAAAGUUAGAUGUGCCUAAAAAGAAGAAAAGAAAUUUGCAAACCUUGCCUUGCACUUUGUCACCUGUCCUUUUUAAGUUUAUCUUGUGUGUUCCAUUUGAUGUGAUUUUUUUUCCUUUAAAAAAUACUUGCUGGGGUUGACAUUGAAAUCCCAAAGAAACUGUAAAAGCAGAGUUUAUUUAAAAUUUCUACAGAGUGCUUUUAACUAUGUGGCUUUCCUAUGCAUACAGAGGCUUUAAAUAAACUAAUGAUAUUGAUAUGUGGAACACUUGCAGUUACCCUUAAUGUUGGUGAUGGUUGUUUAGAUGUACUUUGAAAACAAAGACCAUCUUUGAAUACCUUUAAAAAUGUUUUAUAGGUAGGUUUAAAGCAUAAAACUGAUUUAUUGUUCCUUUGUACUCAUGAGUAAACUGGUACUGAACACGUUACUCUGUGAGCUCCAGAACAGAAUUUGCUGUAUAUUGAACUACAGUACAAGUGAUUGAAUAUACUAUUUUAAUAAAAUAUUGAUGAGGACA